GGGAGAGAAGUGCACAGAGCCAGACAUUGUAAUCGAUCAUCGAUAUGAUCGUCACCGGGUUAGCUUUAGCGGCUUGAGCAACAACAACCGUGACAGGACAGGAGGCUGUUUGGCGGCGCAGUAGCUAGCGACACAGACGUGAAACAGUCAAAGAACACUAUGGCUCAAGCGGAGGAUAUAUUUCUCAGGACGAAGCAUCGAACAUUCCGUGGACUUACUGAAGAUAUUGAGCAUGAGUGGACCGGCCCCUUCUACUUCAUUCAGGCUGCAGACCCACAGCUUGGCCUGAUGAAGGCCCAGAGAGAGGGCGACUGCGAUGGUGGCGGAGAUGAAUGGACAGAGGAAGUUGAUCUCACCAAACAAGCGGUGGCGGCCAUGAAUCAGCUCCGACCUCGGCCAAGGUUUAUGGUGCUGUGUGGAGACCUGGUGCACGCCAUGCCAGGCACCAUUUUUAGAGAUGAUCAGGAGCGAGACCUAAAGAUGGCAUUGAGUGGGACAGACCCUUCCAUUCCACUAGUAUUUGUCAGUGGCAAUCAUGACCUUGGAAACACCCCCACCCCAAAAACAGUGGCACAGUACUGCAGUGCAUGGGGUGAUGACUAUUUCAGCUUUUGGGUGGGUGGAGUGCUCUUCCUGGUUUUAAACUCUCAAUUGUUCUACGAUGCGUCCGCCUGUCCUCAGUUGAAGGAGUCCCAGGAAACAUGGCUUGAAGAGCAGCUGAGCAAAAUAUCAUUUUCCUCAAGUACGGCACCGAAACACAUCAUAGUGUUUCAGCACAUUCCUCUGUAUAUAAAGAACCAUGAUGAGGAAGAUGACUACUUCAACUUGCAGAGGGAAGUCAGGCAAAAACUGAUUGACAGAUUUAAAAAAGCUGGGGUGAAGGCGGUCUUCUCUGGCCACUAUCACAGAAAUGCAGGUGGCUGCAACGACGGCCUCGACAUGGUCGUGAGCUCUGCCAUCGGCUGCCAGCUGGGCGAGGACACGCACGGCGUCAGGGUGGUGGUCGUGACGGCUGAUCAGGUGAUCCAUCGUUACCACACCUUGGAUCAAAUGAAAAAAGAAGGGAUGGAUGAGGACCUCAGAAAGCUCCUACAAGCCUGAUGAUCUUAAAGGUCAAUUUUUUGUGUAAAUGGGAUUUUUUUAAUUAAGAUUUACCAGUUUAAAAACACAUUAUAUGACAGUGGAACCUCUAAUGUCGAACCCAAGCCAUUCCAGAACUCUGGUUGACUUUAUAUAUGUUCAGAUUUCAUUGUUUUCAGUUCAUACAUACUAAAAUACUCCGCUGUUGCUUUUUCUAAUAGAAAUUAGCGUACAGUUGGAACUUGUAUCUGUCAGUAGACUCCAUAUGGAAGCGCUAAAAACUACAACAUGGCUGACAGGGUGGAGACGCAGUCAAAGGGGGCUUGGCCUGAAGGAGGGCAUCGGUACAUAAACAAGACCGCCCACAAAACGACACAUUCUGGAGAGACAAUCAUAAAGCAGCUUGAAAAUGGUCUGUAAAAUAUAAGCUAUGCAAAAUGUGGACCAAAGAACCACCAUUGCAUGUUAUAUAGACCAGUGUUUCUUAACCAUAAGGCUAGGGCCCAUUGUUGGGCCGUGAGCGCCCUCUAGAGGGCCGCCAAAAAAAUAUUGGUUUCUCAGCCGUGCUAUGCUUGGACCGCCGCAGUUCUCAGUUGUAAUACACUUUUCCACCCCUUGUGGCAGUAAUGACAAUAUCAAACAGAAGAAGUCUGAAGCUGAAGUUAGAGAAGUUUCUUAAGCACUAACAAUUUGACUAAACUGGUGAAGCUGUAUUUUCAUUUGCACUUCAACUUUAUUGACAGAUUAGUUAAGAAACAUAUAUUUUACUAUUAAUUUAGUGAAUUUAUUUUAGCACUACAUAAUUGUAAGUAAAAUAACUUUUUCCUCAGUCAUUUAUGAGUCCCUUCCUUUGCAGUAUAUUUGGUUAGUACUUGUUUUUAUAAUCAGCUUGACUUAAGCCUAAGGUUUAUGUGUUAAAUGCAACAUAAUAUGUUGGUUUCCUAUCAUUUGACAAGGUGGUAAACUACAAGUAGGUUAGAUAUAAUUAUUGAAUAUGUAUAAAAUCAAGAGUACGAUUACUAAUUCAGUGUUAAUAUUUGACUGAGACCGGGGCCCCUCUGUGGUGGAAAAGUAGGAUUCUGGGGUCAAAAAGGUUAAAAACCCCUGAUGUAGACCAUAAAAAGUGUUUUAAAUGUACAAAACCCCAAACCAGUGAAGUUGGCACGUUGUGUAAAUUGUAAAUAAAAACAGAAUACAAUGAUUUGCAAAUCCAUUUCAACUUAUAUUCAAUUGAAUACACUGCAAAGACGAUAUACAACGUUCGAACUGGUAAACGUUGUAAUUUUUUGCAAAUAUUAGCUCAUUUGGAAUUUGAUGCCUACAACAUGUUUCAAAAAAGCUGGCACAAGUGGCAAAAAAACUGAGAAAGUUGAGGAAUGCUCAUCAAACACUUAUUUUGAAAAUCCCACAGGUAAACAGGCUAAUUGGGAACAUGUGGGUGUCAUGAUUGGGUAUAAAAGCAGCUUCCAUGAAAUGCACAGUCAUUCACAAACAAGGAUAGGGCGAGGGUCACCACUUUUUGAACAAAUGCGUAAGCAAAUUGUCGAACGGUUUAAGAACUGCAUUUCUCAACGAGCUAUUGCAAGGAAUGUCAGAGGAGGUUCAGAGAAUCUAGAGCAAUCAUUGCACAUAAGCGGCAAGGCCGAAAACCAACAUCUAAUGCCUGUGACCUUCGAUCCCUCAGGCGGUACUGCAUCAAAAAGCGACAUCAUAAUAAAUGAUAAAUGGGUUGUACUUGUAUAGCGCUUUUCUACCUUCAAGGUACUCAAAGCGCUUUGACACUACUUCCACAUUUACCCAUUCACACACACAUUCACACACUGAUGGAGGGAGCUGCCAUCCAAGGCGCUAACCAGCACCCAUCAGGAGCAAGGGUGAAGUGUCUUGCUCAGGACACAACGGACAUGACGAGGUUGGUACUAGGUGGGGAUUGAACCCAGGGACCCUCGGGUCGCGCACGGCCAUUCUUCCAUUGCGCCACGCCGUCAUCAGUGUGUAAAGCAGUGGUCCCCAACCACCGGGCCGCUGCCCGGUACCGGUCCGUGGAUCGAUUGGUACCGGGCCGCACAAGAAAUUAAUAAAAUAAAUAAAUACAUUUUAUUUUUUAUUAAAUCAACAUAAAAAACACAAGAUACACUUACAAUUAGUGCACCAACCCAAAAAACCUCCCUCCCCCAUUUACACUCAAUUCACACUCAUUCGCACAAAAGGCUUGUUUCUUUCUGUUAUUAAUAUUUCUGGUUCCGACAUUAUAUAUCAAUAUAGAUCAAUACAGUCAGCAGUGAUAUAGUCCGUAAGCACACAUGAUUGUAUUUUUUAUGGCGAAAAACAAAAUAAAAAUAAAAUACCAUACGUCCGUUGGACAAAUUUUCAAGCAUUGACCGGUCCGCAGUUGCAAAAAGGUUGGGGACCACUGGUGUAAAGGAUAUCCCCACAUGGGUUCAGGAACACUUCAGAAACCCACUGUCAGUAACUACAGUUUGUCGCAACAUCUGUAAGUGCAAGUUAAAAGCGAAAGCCAUUUAUCAACAACACCCAGAAACGCCGCCGGCUUCGCUGGGCCCGAGCUCAUCUAAGAUGGACUGAUGUGUUCUGUGGUCUGACGAGUCCACAUUUCAAAUUGUUUAUGGAACGUCGUCUCCUCCGGACCAAAGAGGAAAAGAACCAUCCGGACUGUUAUAGGCGCACAGUUCAAAAGACAGCCCAUGUGAUGGUAUAGGGGUGUAUUAGUGCCGAAGGCAUGGGUAACUUACACAUCUGUGAAGGCAACCAUUAAUACAGAAAGGUACAUACAGGUUUUGGAGCAACAUAUGUUGCUAUCCAAGCAACAUCUUUUUCAUGGACGCCCCUGCUUAUUUCAGCAAGACAAUGCCAAGCCACAUUCUGCACGUGUUACAACAGCGUGGCUUUGUAGAGUGUGAGUACUAAAUGUGUGGCGCAAUAUAAUGCGUAAAAUACGACAUUGGAGACCCCGCACCGUUUAACAACUUAAGCUGUACAUCAAGCAAGAAUGGGAAAGAAUUCUAUCUGAAAAGCUUCAAAAAUUAGUCUCAGUUCCCAAACGUUUACUGAGUGUUGUUUAAAGGAAAGGCCAUGUAACACAGUGGUAAAAAUGCCCCUGUGCCAACUUUUUUGCAAUGUGUUGCUGCCAGUUAAUUCUAAGUUAAUGAUUGUUUGCAAAAAAAAUUAAGUUUCUCAGUUUGAACAUUAAAUAUCUUGUCUUUGCAUUGCAGUGUAUUCAAUUGAAUAUAAGUUGAAAAUAAUUUGCAAAUUAUUGUAUUCUGUUUUUAUUUACGGUUUACACAACAUGCCAACUUCACUGGUUUUGGGUUUUGUAGAAUAAAAACCAUAAUAUAACCCCUUUAAGACUUAAUACAGCUGCCUUUGCGCUAGGUGCUUUUUUUUUAGCCACAAUUUACUGAGCAACCAAGACAACUUUUGUCACGUCAUUACCGCUACAUCAAAACACAACACACACUUUUUGAGUUGGAUCCUUUAUCUGCUUACCGUGCUGAGGUCUAACAGAAAUGUGCUGAUAGCAAUAUGUUUUUGUUUGUUCUUGUAUUGUUCUACGAAUGAGCUUUGAGCCUUUGGAGGGUUUGGCUUUUGAGGUUCCCCUGCUGUGAAUUAUAUUUCAGAGGAGUCAAAGUACAACUCAUUCAUCACGUUAUCUCAGAACAAGCUUGUUUUUUCAUAGUUGCAAUCGUGCUGGCUUCUUUUAUCUGUUUCUGCUAUUUGCCUUUCCCACCGUUAUAUCCGUCAUCCUAUGCAAGUUAAACACAGGUGCUUUUUAUGUCAUGAUAUUGCACGUUGUUUUGCCACUAUCAAGUGCAGCUCCCUCCUGUAUCGUACACUGUUUCGCAGCACUGUAAGUGUCAGUGUUCAUGUAUGUCCCCCCCUGGUGAAACUCACAGGAAUUGAGGAAACGCUGAAGUGACACGGAUGCAAUGUACUCGCAACACUAGCUAUCGAUGCUUCCUCUUUCCUCCUUUGCCGUGUGACGACAGAAUUAGGAACAAUUGUUCCAACGUUAAUGAAAAAUCUAGAUGUAGGAAUAUUGUAUUGAUUAUUAUAAGUCAUCACAGAUAACAUUAGGACUAUGCCCCCUAUGGGUAUUAGCAGAAUUUGACAAGACACAGAGCGAUCACAUCAAUCAAUCAAUCAAUCAAUGUUUAUUUAUAUAGCCCUAAAUCACAAGUGUCUCAAAGGGCUGCACAAGCCACAACGACAUCCUCGGUACAGAGCCCACAUAAGGGCAAGGAAAAACUCACCCCAGUGGGACGUCGAUGUGAAUGACUAUGAGAAACCUUGGAGAGGACCGCAUAUGUGGGUACCCCAGGGGUCAUUGCGUUUUUGUCUAUGCAAUUUUUGUGACACACAAUUAAAACGUUAGCAUUCAAAAUACAGCAGUUAAUGUAGUUACAGAAUAUUAGUGUGUGAUUGGUGGUGUUUAUCUUGCCACACUUAAAAAUCUCAACUGUCCACUUUGCAUGUUAACAUUAAAUGCAUCAUAAAAUAGCUGGUUUCAGGCUCCUAGUGCAAAUUUAAGCCACUUUUUUCCUCCAGCGUGUCUUUGUGGAAGCACGCACGUGUACAAAUGUGUUUUCUUUGUGACUUCCAAAUGUCUCAAUUCAAUUACGCACACAGAUACUCUCACAAUAACCCAGACUUAUUGGUAAAUAGUUCUCAUGGCAACCCUCUCGCUACACAUCUGUGCGUCUUGGAGAGGCCGCUAAAGAGCGUGUACAGUGUACAUCUGUGUGUAUGUGCGUCUGUCCGGGGUCCACUUAGUAUCAUAAAUGAUUUUCCAUUAGUAUCACUGCUACUGCCAGUCACAUCCUUUCCCCCCCCAAAAAAGGUGAUGGAGAGAGAGGAAAGUGAGCAUUUGGAAAGAAGUGACUAUGAGCAUAUUUUUUUGGAAGACCAUCUCUUUCGUUCCCUGCCGAAGCAAGAACUUUACAUCCUUAUCUGUAAUCAUAUUAUACAGUAGGAAGGGGAUUCAUUUGGCCCUUUUUGUCACGGUUUACCUGACACAUGAAACGUGACGAAUACCCUACUGUAGCACAAGUUUUAUUUAACCUGUGUAGGAGGUGUCGCACACAUUCGAAAUGUCUGCUUGGAUUGAUUGGCCAUACAGAACACCUGUGACCUGAUUAGUAGUAUUUUUCUAAUAAAUGUUGAUUUUAUCUAGCUGCUGCUUGUUGUGAUUACAAAAUGGUGUUUUGCAAUAUUUUCAAUGGAACAAGAAAAAUAUCUUGGUGGGUGACACUGUAGAUUUCAUAGUAGUCACUGACAUAGGCCUAAAAUGUUACCUUAUGUUUAAACUUUAAUGAAGGUACAACAUUUUAAUGAAGUUAUGACAUUUUGUAGUGUCAUGUACUACUUAGAAAAAGUUACGGAUACUGUAUUAAAAUUUUAUGAUGAACCUAUAAUAAACUAUAACCUUCACAGGUAAACUAAUUUGACCUCUAAAUUUUUUAAUGUGCAUGUCCACACUGCAAAUUAUUUGCCACUUGCCAAGAUUUAAAAAGAAAGACAAAUAUACAAAUCAUAAUUUAGGAUGCUAUGUCACGUAAAAUUAACUAGCUGCAUUGGACAGAUCAUUUCACAAAUUUUAAGUACUUUUUCUCCAAAAAUCUAGACUUUAUUGUAUUUUGUCAGUUUUUGUUGUUGUUUUUUGCAAUGCAACUGUUCAAUAUUUGAGUACAACUUAGCUUGAUGGCAAAAUUAACAAAAAUGUUAAUUUCGCUGACUAGUAAUUUUCAUCGUAAUUAUCGUCAACAACCCAUUUUUCC